GAAGCAGGAGAUCUUGUACCGCCAGCCUCUUCAGCCUCAACCAAAACGGUACUUCAUCGCUUGGCCCGCUCCGGCUUCCUCGAUGAUCACACGUCCCCAGCUCUUCCCUGCGUACCGUGACCGUCUAGUUAGUGGAUAAGUGCUCCCAUUACAGAUAAAUUUCACACGUGUGGCGAGAAGAGGAGACGCCCCGCAGCCGCCAAGAGGAGCGUGGCACCGCUAACAUGUCGCUAGGGUCGUACAGAUCUGCUGGAUAUGGAGAGACAAUGGCCGCCAGCGGUUAUGGAGUGUCCCGCUACGUGGACUGCAACUCUGCUCUGGCGCUGCUCGGCUUCAUCCUCUUCGUGGACAUACUGAGGGAUAUCAUCGAGGACGUGACGACCCCGGAGGAGGGAGCGAGAGGGCUGCGGAGGAGGCGGUGGGCGGCGAGGCAGGGGGCGAGGGACAGUGUGAGUGGCGAGCCUGACAUCCUCACCUUCGUCAGCGAGGGAGGCGACGACCACCUGUACAAUAUCCUGCCAAGCCUCCUUCCCCCUCUCAUGGACGGCGCGUGGCAUCGGGAGGGAGAAGACUGUGCCCGCAGGAGAGUGUGUGAGAUGAACCGCGCCCUGGCGACAGAGUAUGGCGUGUCAGGCAGGAUUUUUGGCACGCUGCUCAGUAACUUGGUGAAUCGAGCAUCCUAUGGGGAACAUUCGGCGAUGCUGGAGGCUGCGCGAGAGGGGCGGCGUGGUGAAGGAACAUGUGCGUCAGCCUUCCCUGCCUGCCAAACCCUCACAAGCAACGCCACCUGGCCAGCAAGUCUCACACCAACCCACCUCCAUCGCUCACCCAACAACGCCCUUUAGAAGCAUAAGCUCUAACCCAAUGUGAUGUAAAAUGAUAAACUCUGGAACAUCC